AUGGCCUCAUCCAGCGAGGAGCCCAACAGCUCCAACAUACAGGUCUCAGCAUCAAAGAUGGCAACGCUUAAAAAGACCCUCUUUAAGUGUUUAGAGGAUUUGAAAUCUGAGGAAUUUGAUAAAUUCAAGUGGAACCUGACGCUGGAGGACAGCCUCCCAAAGUGUGAACUGGAAGAAGCCAACAGAAAUACAACAGUGGAUCUGAUGGUCCAGAAAUAUUGUAAAGACGCCAUUAAAGUGACCAGAAAUAUUUUGAAGGAAAUCAAUCGUAAUGAUCUAGUGGAACGUUUGUCACUCCUCCCAGAACCUGAAGAGGUUCUUGCUGAGGCAGAGGAGAGUGAUAGACGGGGUGAGAUGGAGAAAGAAAACACAGACUCGGAGGGAAGAGAGGAUCCCCCACUGACCUCUGGCCCAAGUGGACCUCCAGAAACUCCUGCUGCAAAGUGUCGACGUAAACUCAAGUCUAACCUGCAGGAGAAGUUCCAGUGUCUGUUUGAGGGGAUCGCUAAAGCAGGAAACCCAACCCUUCUGAAUGAGAUCUACACACCGCUCUACAUCACACAGGGAGGGACUGCAGAGGUCAAUGAUGAACAUGAGGUCAGACAGAUUGAAACAGCAUCCAGGAAACAAGACAGACCAGAAACAACAAUCAGACAAGAAGACAUCUUUAAAGCCUCACCUGGAAGAGAUAAACCAAUCAGAACAUUGAUGACAAAGGGAGUGGCUGGCAUUGGAAAAACAGUCUUAACACAGAAGUUCAGUCUGGACUGGGCUGAAGACAAAGCCAACCAGGACAUACACUUCACAUUUCCAUUCACUUUCAGAGAGCUGAAUGUGCAGAAAGAGAAAAAGUACAGCUUGGUGGAACUUGUUCAUUACUUCUUUACUGAAACCAAAGAAGCAGGAAUCUGCAGGUUUGAAGAGUUCCAGGUUGUGUUCAUCUUUGACGGUCUGGAUGAGUGUCGACUUCCUCUGGACUUCCACAACACUGAGAUCCUGACUGAUGUUACAGAGUCCACCUCAGUGGAUGUGCUGCUGACAAACCUCAUCAGGGGGAAACUGCUUCCCUCUGCUCGCCUCUGGAUAACCACACGACCUGCAGCAGCCAAUCAGAUCCCUCCUGAGUGUGUCGGCAUGGUGACAGAGGUCAGAGGGUUCACUGACCCACAGAAGGAGGAGUACUUCAGGAAGAGAAUCAGAGAUGAGGAGCAGGCCAGCACCAUCAUCUCCCACAUCAAGACAUCCCGAAGCCUCCACAUCAUGUGCCACAUCCCAGUCUUCUGCUGGAUGACUGCUACAGUUCUGGAGGAUGUGAAGAGCAGUAAGAUUGGAGAGCUGCCCAAGACCCUGACUCAGAUGUACCUCCGCUUCGUAUUGCUUCAAUCCAAAGUCAAAAACAUCAAGUAUGAUGGAGGAGCUAAAAAAGAUUUACACUGGAGUCCAGAGAGCAGGGAUAUGAUUGAGUCUCUGGGAAAACUGGCUUUUGAGCAGCUGCAGAAAGGCAACCUGAUCUUCUAUGAAUCAGACCUGACAGAGUGUGGCAUCGAUAUCAGAGAAGCCUCAGUGUGCUCAGGAGUGUUCACAGAGAUCUUUAAAAAGGAGGACUGUGGGCUAUUGCAGGUGUUCUGCUUCGUCCAUCUGAGUGUUCAGGAGUUUCUGGCUGCUCUUCAUGUCCAUCUGACAUUCAUCAAAUCUGGAGUCAAUCUGCUGGCAGGAAACACAAUAAUAUCUUGUUUCACUGGAAUGUUUAGAAGCAAAUCAACCCGUUUCUACCAGAGUGCUGUGGACGAGGCCUUAAAGAGUCCAAAUGGACACCUGGACUUGUUCCUCCGCUUCCUCCUGGGUCUUUCACUGCAGACCAAUCAGCCUCUCCUACGAGGUCUGCUGACACAAACAGGAAGUAGCUCACAGGCCAAUCAGAAAACAGUCAAGUAUAUCAAGAAGAAUAUCAAUGAGAAGCUGUCUGCAGAGAGAAGCAUCAAUCUGUUCCACUGUCUGAAUGAACUGAACGAUCGUUCUCUAGUGGAGGAGAUCCAACAGUCCCUGAGAUCAGGAAGUCUGUCCACAGAUAAACUGUCUCCUGCUCAGUGGUCAGCUCUGGUCUUCAUCUUACUGUCAUCACAAAAAGAUCUGGACGUGUUUGACCUGAAGAAAUACUCUGCUUCAGAGGAGGUUCUUCUGAGGUUGCUGCCAGUGGUCAAAGCCUCCAACAAAGCUCUGCUGACUGACUGUAAGCUCUCAGAGAGAAGCUGUGCAGCUCUGUCCUCAGUUCUCAGCUCCCAGUCCUCUAGUCUGAGAGAUCUGGACCUGAGUGACAACAACCUGCAGGAUUCAGGAGUGAAGCAGCUUUCUGCUGGACUGGAGAGUCCACACUGUGGACUGGAAACUCUCAGGCUGAGUGGCUGUAAGCUCUCAGAGAGAAGCUGUGCAGCUCUGUCCUCAGUUCUCAGCUCCCAGUCCUCUAGUCUGAGAGAUCUGGACCUGAGUAACAACAACCUGCAGGAUUCAGGAGUGAAGCAGCUUUCUGCUGGACUGGAGACUUCACACUGUGAACUGAAGACUCUCAGGCUGAGUGUCUGUAACCUCUCAGAGAGAAGCUGUGCAGCUCUGUCCUCAGUUCUCAGUUCCCAGUCCUCUAGUCUGAGAGAUCUGGACCUGAGUAACAACAACCUGCAGGAUUCAGGAGUGAAGCAGCUUUCUGCUGGACUGAAGAGUCCACACUGUGAACUGAAGACUCUCAGCCUGUCAGGAUGUCUGAUCACAGAGGAAGGCUGUGCUUCUCUGGCCUCAGCUCUGCGGGACAACCCCUCCCAUCUGAGAGAGCUGGACCUGAGCUACAAUCAUCCAGGAGACUCAGGAGAGAAGCUGCUGUCUGCUGGACUGGAGGAUCCACACUGGAGACUGGACACUCUCAGCCUGCAGCCUGCUGGGGUCCGAUGGUUGACACCAGGUCUGAGGAAGUAUUUCUGUGAACUCACACUGGAUCCAAACACAAUGAACAGAAAACUCAAACUGUCUGAUAACAACAGGAAGGUGACAUAUGUGGAGGAGGAUCAGUCAUAUCCUGAUCAUGCAGACAGAUUUGAUGUCUGGCCUCAGCUGCUGAGUAGAAGUGAUCUGACUGGUCGCUGUUACUGGGAGGUCGAGAGGAGAGGAGGAGUUCAUAUAUCAGUGAGUUACAGAAGAAUCAGCAGGAAAGGAAACAGUGCUGCCUGUUGGUUUGGAAUGAACAAUCAGUCCUGGAUUCUGAGAUGCUCUGAUGUUGGUUACUCUGUCUGUCACAAUAAGAGAGGAUCAUCCAUCUCCUCCUCCUCCUCCUCCUCCUCCUCCUCAUCCUCCUCCUCUUCCUCUGUCUCUGACAGAGUAGCAGUGUAUGUGGACUGUCCUGCUGGCACUCUGUCCUUCUACAGAGUCUCCUCUGACACACUGAUCCACCUCCACACCUUCAACACCACAUUCACUGAACCUCUGUGUGCUGGGUUUGGGUUUAUGGACUUGUAUCAUGGUUCAUCAGUGUCUCUGUGUAGUUUGUAG